GAAUUCGUUUCACAUAAAAACUGAAAUUCAUUCUAUCAGAAGUUUUCUGUGCCACACUGGGAUGUUAGAAAAUUUUGUUUGCUAAAAACAAAGCAAAGAUUUAACAUUUUUUUUACUUAAAAAAUUCCUGACAAAAACUAGCAAAAUUAUCAAGAAAUGACUGGAAUGGAUAUGGAAAUGCCAAAAGUUAACUGCGUGAUUCUUGGGGAGAAAGGUACUGGCAAAACCUCAUUUAUCAACCGCCACCUGAGCGGGGAAUUCAAGAAUGUGGAUAUUAAAACUGAAAACAAAGAAAAUGAGCUGAUUUUCUACACCAAUCGCGGACCAAUAUGUUUCGUUAUGUGGGACAAAAACGGUGAGGAGAUUAUCCAGAACAAGAAGAAGAUAAAUCCAGAUUGUGCCAUCAUCCUGUUCGAUACGACCUCGAGUUUAUCAUACAACAAAGUUUACGAAUGGGAAUUGAGUUUCUUAUGUAGCGCUCCUUUUGCAAAUGCAGCAGUCAUCUGCGAAAAUAUGGUUGAUCUCGAGGGAAGCGUCCUGACCCCCGAGAAAGAUUGCUACCUUAAAAUAUCGGUUAAAAAGAAUUUCAAUUUGGGAGCACCCUUCCUUUGGCUGGCACGAAAGCUGUCUGGCGAUCCACUCCUGAAGUUUGUGCCAAUGCCAGCCCCUCAACCACCAGAGAUGGAGUUUAGCAACGAACUUCUUUGCAAGUUAGCCAAGGAGCGAAGGGAGCUUUUCAUUCAGCAGGCGAUGAAAAUUGACCUUCCAGACACAAUUUAACACCAUCAAACCAUCAAAUAGAUGCAAUAGACAAACAAAAUAAAUACUAAAACAAACAAGAAUCGCACGUAGGAGACGAAAGAUGGCGACAACGAAGAAACGACGAAUGGCCAAAAAAUAGAUCAAACAAAAAGCGAAUGUGAGGCAACAGUCACUUUGUUCCCGUAAGCCUGCAUGUGGACUAGGACACUGACCCGAAAUGGACACUAUUUUCUUUUAACUAUCUUUAAACCCAAAAUAACAACAAUUAACAUAUUCUUGCAUUCACUGAUUUACAUUAAAUUUACAUUACAACGUUUCACU